AUGGCCCUUCCCACGCACAAUAGGAAUCGCUCAGCGAGUGGAUCAGGUUUACUCAAUUCCUUCGUAUCUGCUAUACCGGCACCUAUCACUUCCAUCUUCACUUCACCUCGAAUACCGCAAGGUAUUACUCUAGGCGAAGAGGAUGGUAAAUUUGGAGAAUCAAGUACAGCUGGGUUGAGUAAGGAAGCUCCUGAUGGUUUAAAAAGGGUCGAGCUCAGAGUGGGCGGUAUGACAUGCGGAGCAUGCGUAGCCUCAAUAGAGUCACAACUGAAACAACCUGGUAUACACUCCAUCCAAAUAUCGUUGUUAGCUGAAAGGGGAGUGGUAGAGUAUGAUGAGAGCUUCGUUGAUAGCCAGGGGAACAAAUGGGACGAUGCUAGAAUAGCAGAAGAGAUUGAAGAUAUAGGGUUCGAGGCUACAGUCGUAGAGAAAAGUGAAGUGGACGAAGUAGAGUUGAGGGUUUAUGGUUUGGAAAACCCCGAAGUUGUCGAUUCCCUGCUGGAAACAACGGCAACUCUAGCGGGAGUUCAUACAGUAACCCUUUCAGCACCUUACACUCAUCUUGCUCUUACCCACUCCCCUCUAUUGAUAUCCUUACGAACACUAGUCGAUACCUUAUCCGCACAAUUCCCACAACUCUCCUUUUUACCGGUAUCAACGCGGGACGAUUCUCAGAUUGCUUCACUACAGAAGCAUCGGGAAACAGCGACAUGGAGAAGAACAUUCGUCAUGUCAGCCUUCUUUGCGGUUCCGGUGUUUGUCAUUGGGAUGUUGGCAAUGUACCUUCCUCAUUGGUUGAUGGGAUGGACAAUGUGGAAGAUAUGUACGGGAAUAUAUCUCGGGGAUUUGGUAUGUCUGCUCUUGACGUUGCCCGUGCAAUUAUUCUUGGCAAGAAGGUUUUAUGAGAACGCUUGGAAAUCAGUUAAACAUGGUUCAGCCACAAUGGAUGUUCUCGUUGUUCUUGGAACAUCAGCUGCAUUCACAUACUCCGUUCUUACGAUGUUCUUUGCUAUAUUCUCUUCCGAUCCUGAUUAUCACCCUCAGACAUUCUUCGACACUUCAACUAUGUUAAUAACCUUCGUUUCGCUUGGUCGAUACAUCGAGAAUCUUGCGAAAGGUAAAACAUCCGCUGCCCUCACCGAUCUGAUGUCUCUCACACCAUCCUCAGCAACCAUAUACGUCAAUUCCCCAGUUGAAGGAGAAAAGCUCGACGCCUCAGCUGAGACUAGAAAGAUACCUACAGAACUGGUUCAAGUGGAUGAUGUGGUCUUGCUAGUGCCUGGAGAAAAAAUCCCUGCAGACGGUGUCGUCCUCACUGGUGCUACAUCGGUUGAUGAGUCCAUGGUCACUGGUGAAGCUGUACCUGUUGCCAAAAAGGUGGACGAUCAAGUCAUUGGAGGAACAGUCAACGGUCUCGGUACUAUCACCUUUCGAGUAACCCGAGCAGGAGCCGAUACAGCUUUAUCUCAAAUCGUCAAACUCGUCGAAGAUGCUCAGACUUCAAAGGCGCCUAUCCAACAAUUCGCAGACAGAGUAGCAGGUAUCUUUGUUCCUAUCGUCAUCACUUUAAGUGUAUUGACUUUUACCGGCUGGAUGUGUAUCUCACUCAUGAGCUCGACAGGAAGUCUACCGGACGUUUUUGAUUCUCCAGGUGCAAGCAAAUUUGGAGUCUGCCUUAAGCUUUGUAUCUCCGUUGUUGUGGUCGCAUGUCCUUGUGCCCUUGGUCUCAGUACUCCUACUGCAGUAAUGGUCGGUACCGGUGUAGGAGCACAGAACGGUAUUCUCAUCAAAGGUGGAAAGGCUUUAGAAGCUUGUAAAGAUGUCAGGAGAGUAGUAGUAGAUAAGACCGGAACUGUCACUGAGGGAAAGAUGAAGGUUGUCGCUGCUUCAUGGGCUACAUCAGGAAACCUCACCAACGGGCUCAAAAAUUUGGAAAUCGACACUCCCGCUACAUUGUCUUUAACCACCUCAGCUCCACCAUUGCAGCGACAUACCCUUCUUUCCAUUUUGUCCUUAGCCGAAGCAAGAUCCGAACAUCCUUUAGGUGUUUCUGUCGCCGCGUACGGUCGAGGAAUCCUCUCUUCCGCUGGUCUGUCACCACCCAAUGGAGAAGUAAUCGAGUUUGAAUCACAUACCGGAGAAGGUUUGGAAGCUGUUAUUCGAUUAUCCAACGGAACAGUGCAAGAACGUAUACGAGUCGGAAAAGCAGAUUUCGUCGUGUCUUCCGGAUCUGAAAAAUCAGCCGAAGCUAAUGGGUUCGUGGAAAUUCCAAGCUCGAUGAAACAGUUUGAAGACAAACAAAUGAAUCUUGCUCGAACUGUCAUUUUUGUAUCUAUCAUCCGAUCAUCGACUUUCAUCCCCGUUCUUGCCCUUUCUCUCGCCGAUUCCCCGAAACCAUCUUCGGCACACGCCAUCAAAGCUUUGAGGAAUAUGGGAAUUAAGGUCACCAUGCUCACUGGAGAUGCUGAAGUCACCGCUAAAGCCGUUGCGAGGGAAGUAGGUAUCGAUGAAGAUGAAGUUUAUGCCGGGGUCAGUCCCAAAGGAAAGGCUAAAAUAGUUGGCGAUCUAGGUCAAAGAGAUGGUGGCGGAGUAGCUAUGGUUGGCGAUGGCAUAAACGACUCUCCUGCUCUUGUAGCUGCAUCACUCGGUAUAGCACUUUCAUCAGGAACGUCUAUUGCUAUCGAAGCAGCCGAUGUAGUUUUGAUGCGAUCCGACCUGCUCGAUGUUGUUGCUGCCUUGGAUCUAGGACAAAGCAUCUUCCGUAAAAUCAAGGCCAAUUUACUUUGGGCUUGCUGUUAUAACGUUUUGAUGAUUCCGUUGGCGAUGGGUUUCCUAUUACCCUGGGGAAUACAUCUACAUCCUAUGAUGGCUGCAGCAGCAAUGGCUUUCAGUAGUGUUUCAGUUGUUUGCUCCAGUUUGACAUUAAAAUGGUGGAAAAGACCUCAUUCAUCAGUAAUGCCUAAUGAACCUUAUUCACCUGGAGGGACAAUAAAAGGAUUCCGAUCUCUGUUGGGUGAUUUGGUUUCGAUGGGGACAGAAAUCGGUAGAAGAGGAAGUACAUUACCUUUAUUGAGAAGAUUGAGUCUUCGUAGACCCAGUACAGCACGAUAUGAAGCUAUACCUUUAGAUAGAUCAAAUACACCUUCGAUAAGUCCUGUAUAA